AUGGUGUUGAGGAUCAUCAUUUCUAUCAUUGGUGUAGUGGGAAAUACAGUCUUGAUCAUAUCAAUCCUCCAUAUGACUCGACUGAAGACAUUUGAAGUGUUCUUGCUUGGACUGGCCUUGUCAAACCUUGAGGAGAUUAUAAUUGUGGACAUCUAUGAUGUGAUUGUGCUUCGCUCUGCUCACAGCUUCGGUUUUUGGUCCUGCAGUGCACUGAAAUUCAUGACCAUCUUUGGAGAAGUAGCUAGCAUCCUUUUCACGGUGCUUAUCAGCAUUUUUCGCUAUCAAAAGCUGCACAACGCUGCCAUUCGGGUGAUCACACCUAUCUUUAUGGACAGCAUGAAGAUAGCCAUUGGAUUCAGUGUAGGGUGUGUUUUGGUUGCUGUUCUCUCAAGUGUGCCAACUUACAUUGUAAACUUUGAUACCUUGCCGGACAUGAACAACUCCACUACCGAAGACUGCCCAGCAGAUUUCUUCCACUGUCCAAAAGGCAACUGUCCCACUUUCAACAAUAUAUACAAGCAUCUAUUUCUUUUCCUCUAUCACCUUUUGCCGCUUGUCAUCGUUACAGGGACAAGUUCCCUAAUUAUCAAGAUUUUGACAGUCCAGCAGAAAGUGGCGGAAUUACAUCAUGAUUCGGAACCAGCUGCCAUCGCUGCCCACCAUCAUCAUGAGAACUCAGUGUUCCAUCGAAGCACCGUUGGCAUCCUGGCUGCAAUGGCAGCCUUCCAGGUAUACUGCAGUUUAUAUCUGAUUCUUCACCUGAUGUUUAAUCCGUAUGACUUUCCUGCAUGGUCUGAGCUGGAGUUCUUCAUUACAACAUUCUACACAGCUAUCAUUCCCUAUGUCUAUGGUAUGGGACAUAACUUUUUCACUGUGAAACAUUUUAUGAGGCAUUAG